CCGAUCCAUGCACAUGCGUGAGCGGACGCGGAGGCAGAAGGCGCUCGCCGCGGCCCACAGGGCCAGCCGUGCCAAAAGAGCGCCCUCCCCCACCACUGUGCCUCCGGCGCGGGAUCGGCGCCUUCAGCGGCGCUUUGUGAGAAUGCUCGUCAGGACUGCUGUGGCGGCAGAGCUGUGCGACGUCCCGACCGCCCUCCUGCUGGCCGCUCACGCGAGGGACGCUUCCUCGGCGCUGAUCCUGCUGACCGGCAUAGCGGAGUGGUUCGGCCGCCGCCGCCGCGGGCGAGGGACGGACUUUGAGCUAGCGCUGGACGCCGCCGAGCGGCUUGGCAUCUUCGCGCGCCGGCAGACCUGGGACCGGUUUCGGCUGGACUGUCCGCUCGGGCGCGGCGGCCGCAAGCACCCUUCCGUGCGAUGGGGACGUGGAAUCUUCCCCGACUGCCGGCCGAGCGGCUCGCACCACCGCUCGUCGGGCACGCCCGUCACGCCGCUGAUGCUGUGGCAAGCGGCGGAGGUUGCGAUGCUCGUGGUGCAGCAGGAGGCGCACGCCUUCCGUUAGUCACGGGUUCCUACUAUUUAUGGAUCCGACGGCCGCGCGACUGGGGUGCCACCUCCCAGCCGCUUGCUCGGAGGAGAGCAGACCCUGCAUGCUUCUGAAAGCCCUCGAGGAGAGCUACAAGAACCAUGUACGGCUUGCUCUCCUCCAAGCAAGCGGCUGGGGACGGCAAGGCCAGACGUGCAGCCAUAGGCGCAUGUCAUCUCACUCGCAUGGCGGGUGGCGGUCCUGCACAUCCGUGGCCGCCCCCCAAACUCCGUCGAGGUCGUCACCAAGAGCGCGGUGACGCGGUUGCGGCGGGUGGUUCUUGGGCUCGAGGAGGAGAACCACGAGCGGAUGAGCGCGACAGCGUACCGGCUCAACUACGAGUGCGUGUACGGAGAGAGCAACCCGGACGCCAUCUGGGUGAGCCGGCAGGUCUGCAUGACCUUCGAGGAGCUUCUCGCCAUCCUCAUCCACGAGGCGCUGCACGACACGGUGCUGGUGGAUGGAGAGUUUCUCUCUGGCGACGAGGAGCACGAGUGCAUGUUCUUGCUCGGCGACCGCACUUACUGGUGACACGGCCGACGUACCUCGCGGGAGGAAGGGAGGGAGUCCUCCUCCCCUACCACCUCCCCCCUCCCCCCUCCGAACCGUCGUGCGCGCUGCGCUCUCCUCUCCUCUCGCUCUCUAGUUGCAUCCUCUGCCGCCAACGACCGGCGACACCUCUACCUACCGGCGCCGUCUCCUGCAGACCCCCCCCCAACCGCCGCCGCCGCCGCCGCCCCUUUCCCCAGCUGCCGAGCUCCUCUGUACACCCCCUGUAUUCUGAGUACGCAGGCGCAGCCAUGGCGCGCCUCUCUUAUCCGUCUGUAGCAUAUGUGACCACUGCUACGAUGCAUGCGACACACGCGAACCCCUCCUGGUUUCGCGUGACUCGUCCGAGGCUGGACCGAGCAUGCGCCACGCCACGGCAUCAUCUCCGACAUCUCCGCCAUGAACCAGCCGCUGGGUGGGAUUCGCCUUCCUGCGGAAACCGGGGAAAAAUUUCUAUAGACGCUGUUGAGCAGUACCGCAUUGUGACCUGUGAUCGACCGCAUCUCUCGCUGUGUGUAUGUCACUCGUUUUUCCGUUAGUGCAUUUUGUGGACUGUGUGUACCUGUUGUCGACCUGCGUGAACGCGUGUGUGCUGUGAAUGAGAAUGACUGUGUGUUAGACGCG